AUGUCCUCCUUAGUUGAACAAGCAAAGAAAGCUGCUGCUUUCAAAGCCGUUGACGAGAAUUUUCCCAAGUCCGCUAAAGUCGUUGGAGUGGGUUCCGGAUCUACCGUAGUAUACGUUGCAGAAAGACUUGGACAACUUCCUAACAAGAGCUCAUUUGUUUGUAUUCCAACUGGAUUCCAAUCCAAACAGCUCAUUAUCGACAAUGGCUUGAACUUGGGUUCCAUUGAACAAUUCCCUAAUGUAGAUAUUGCGUUUGACGGAGCUGAUGAGGUGGACUCGGACUUGAAUUUAAUUAAGGGAGGAGGUGCCUGUCUUUUCCAAGAAAAGCUCGUAGCAGCAUCUGCCAACACUUUUAUAGUUGUAGCCGAUUAUAGGAAACAGUCUCCUACUAAGUUAGGGAAAAAUUGGACCCAGGGUGUCCCAAUUGAAGUAGUUCCAAAUUCUUAUGUUAGUGUCACUAGGCAAUUAAAGGAAAAAUUGGGUGCCAAGUCGAUCAAUUUAAGACAAGGUGGUCUGGCCAAGGCCGGUCCUGUAGUGACUGAUAACAACAAUUUCUUACUUGAUGCCGAUUUUGGAGAAAUUCAAGAUCCUAAACUGCUUCAUUCUGAGAUCAAAUUGUUGGUUGGUGUUGUGGAAACUGGUUUAUUCACUAGCAUUGCCAAGAAGGUGUACUUUGGAGAAGAAAGUGGUGAAGUUACCAUCUGGUAA